AUGGGGCACCACAACCACCACUUUGAUGGCGACCCGUUUGCCAACAAGGGACUUUGGAGCCCGCCGACUAGUGCAGCAAAGUACCUUCUGCGAAGAGAUUACGCCGUCACCGUCUACAUUGCCGAGCUCAUCAAUGCGCUCUCGAGCCUGGCCUAUUCAUACCUGGCAGUCCGGCGAUUCUCGGGCAGAAUGCGAAAACAUGACCCCCUCCCGGUGGCCCUCUUCCUCGUCGGUUUCUCGUCCACGGGGUACCACGCCACGCUUCGCCAGGGGCCGCAGUUCCUGGACGACAUGAGUAUGCUCUUUCUCGGCGCCUGCCUCCUGCAGACGCUGUACAGCCACGGCCAGACGCCGGCCGUCUCCGCCCUAGUCGCGGCCGCAGUGGCUUUGGGAACCGGGGCAAUGGCGAUUCUCUACAUCCGAUCUGCCGACAUCCUCGUCCACUUUUCCACAUUUACCAUCAUGGUGAACCUCAUCUGGCCGCGCACGCUGUAUAUCAUUUACGCUGGUUCCUCCAGACCGACGCGCGAGAAGGUCAAGCUCGUGCUCCGUUUCAGGAAGGCAGCGGCGUUGAUCGUCGGUGCCUUCUUGGUCUGGAAUGUGGACUUGGAGAUGUAUCUGCAACUGCGGGCGAUCCGUCACAAGCUGGGACUCCCGUGGGCAUGGACGCUGGAGUUGCACGGCUGGUGGCAUAUCCUUACGGCGCUGGGCGCGACCGAGUACGUCGAUCUAGUGAGGGCCCUGUGUUACUAG